AUGGUGGAUCGCACUAAGUACCCUGAAGAUCAAGUUCCAGAGCUCGCAGUCCGCCAGAUCUUCGGCCGGCAGAAGCUUGAGUCUGACCUGUGCUUGCUCUUGGCGGCUUCGGGUUUGACGUCGAUCGAGCGGCUGGCGAUGCUGGGUGAUUCCAUCUCGUCCGUCAAGACGACCGUGAAGGCGAUCGUCGAUGACGAGACCAAGUUUGGCAAUACUGCGGCGAAGCGAGAGCUCGCGCUUACGCAGCUGGCGGCCGUUUGGAAGGCAGCCUCGACGCUGCAAGAGCACGUCUCUGCUAGAAGAGCCAGGAUGGAAGAGGAGCCCAACAAAGUGCCCGAGAUCCCGGGUGAGGACCACGCGGAGUUUCGGGAAGUCUUUGUUCAAGCACAUCCAGACAUGCUGCUCACGUAUCACCGUGAGCCGCACAGAAAGUUCGUCGAGCGGAUCCACCGGGACUAUAUGGUGCAUGGCGCGGUCGCCUUCUACGAAGUGGCAGAGAUGAGAGUUCGAAGCGAGACGAUCGUCCAGACAGCCAACCUGGCUAAGACGUCUGAAGAUCUCUUGCGGGUCGUUCAGGUUGACGCAAAGGGCGCCGUGAGCUCCGAGUCGAAUGUCAUGGAUCGCUUGCAUGCUUUCUUCAUGGCUCUCGAGUACCUGAACGUCUGCGAGUUCUCGACUGCAGCAGGCCCCCUACGCUACCUCGCAGGGCUGGAAGAAUGGAGGCACGAGAAUCGGGGGCUGGCGGUCCUGCUGGCAGCCGAUCGGCUCAUUCGCCGCAAGGUCUACACGCUCAACAACGACCGUCGAAAGUCGUUCGGCACUUUCUCUUCGGCCUUGCUCGAGGUUCUCACCAACUACAAGCAGCUUUGGAAUGAUGCGAGAUCGGCUGCCGAGCUCGAGAAGUUCCGGCAGAUCGAAGCUGAAGUAGGGGAGACGCCAAAGAAGCGGGCGCGAUCGCGCAGCCCGCUGACGCCCCCGACUAAGGCUUCGAAGACAAAGCGCAACCGCAACCGCCGUGAGAAGAUGAAGCUCUUGCUCAAGCAGGCCAAAGAAAAGGACAGAGAGACGAUUCCUGAGAAGGGAGGCAAGGAGCAGAAAGGCGAUCGUACCAAACAAAAGUCAACCAAGGAUUCCCGUGUUCCGGAGCAAGAGUGGAAGAAGAUCUUGUCUUUCUCCUACUCGGGAAAGAAGAGAUGCCCAUGGUACAACUGCUCGUUGGGCUGCCGGUUUGGUGACAACUGCAGAGACAGCCAUCCUCCACGGUCGGCAGCCUUUGCUCCCACCAUAGAUGCCGUGCCGCGGUCGGCAGUUGAAGCUGUUUGUUCGCAGCUGAAGUCCGAUCGGGGCGAGUCAUCUGCAUGUUGGAAGAAAUGGUCGGAUGUUCCCAGGAAUGUGGCUGAGGUCGCUGCGCGGGGCCCAUUCUUCCUGGAGAUCUUCGCAGGAGAAGCGGGCUUGACGCAGCAACUUCGUGCGCUCGGGGUCCCCACCCUCCCACCCAUUGAGAUUGAAGUCAAGGGCAAUGUGAUCCAGGCAGCGGACAUUGAGGAUCCUGAAUUGCUGGCCUUUGUCACGCAGCUCAUUCGUGUCGGAGCCGUUCGUCUGGUGCAUUUUGGAACCCCAUGCGGUUCUUUCAGCAAUGCAAGGAAGAUCCCGGCUCCCGGCCCCAGGCCGCUUCGUUCGAAAGCGCAUCCUAUGGGGCUCGGGCAGCUUACCGCAAACGAACAGGCUCAACUUGACACCGGCAAUCGUCUCCUGGCGCUCUCGCUCGACCUGAUCGAGGCGCUGCUCGCUGCAGGAUCCGACUUCGUGCUAGAGAACCCCGCCAACAGCUUGAUGUGGAGAGUCCCACGCUUACGCCAUCUCGUGAAGCGAUGGCGUUUGCAGUGGGUGGUCUGUGAUCAAUGCCAGUUCGGUUCCGAGCACAUGAAGCCGACUGCCUUCCUUGUGUCCCACGCAGCACUUCACGAAGUAGGUCUCCGCUGCUCAGGUGGACAUGGGCAUGUGCCGCUACGUGGACGCCAUCGUGUCCAAGGUGAGUGGGUGUUCCGCACGCGCCAAGCGCAGGUCUAUCCACCGCAGUUGUGUUCGGCCUUGGCUCGCUGCAUUCACCACAUCCUGUGCGGUCGCACGCCCCAGUUUGCCGAGUCUUUCAAACUGGUGCACCAAGAUGAUGUCCGAAAGCGCCCGCUCGGCGAGGAAGCGAAGUUCAGGCAGCAUAGACAAGAGGCGGCCGCCAAGCUCGCUCAAGCUGCAGGCUAUCAGAUGAAGCGGGGGGCCAUUCGUCCUCUACUCACACAUGAAGUGGAGCCGGGCGUUGCCGUCGAGUGGGCUUUGCAGGUGUCCCACCCGUUCUCUGUUCCUCCACCACUGACAGAGACUAUGCUACGGAACAUCAAUCUUGUGGCUCUCCAGGGUCAUGCAGUGCCACGUGCUCGCAGCCAUGAUCUGGACUGGUGGCGCCGUGAAGCGCAUCGGUUGUUGCCAGUUACAGCCUCUUGGAUCGAACAAGUACCUGAUCGGCACCUUCGAUGCUUGCUUCGCGGCGCUCCGGACGGUCAUCCAUGUGAGCUCGGUCGUACAUGCCAUGUCGCAUUGUACGAUCAAUUCCUGCGAUUCGUACGUUCGGCGGAUCAAGAUCUGGUCAAGUGUUUGCUGCAUGGUUUUCCUAUCGUGGGCCGGAUCUUGCCUUCGCACAGAUGGCCGGCCUAUGAGAAGUCGCAGAAGGUCAUCCCUGUGCAGGAAGCAAUGGAUCGGGCCUGGGAGAUUCGAAAGAAGGUCAUCCUCCGAGCAGACAGCGUUCCUGUCUCGGACGAUCUACGUUCGCUGUGGGCAUCGUCGAUGGAGGAUGUGGCAGAAGGAUCGGCGGCGGGACCGUUCUCUUCGAUCGAGGAGGUGUCUCUGUUUGUGGGAGCGGACAAUUGGAUCCCCACUCAGCGGUUCGCAGUGGUGCAGAAGAAUAAGGUCCGAGGAUGCGACAGCGCCACUGUGAAUCUGAUCAACCGCAUCACCGAGAUCGUAGAGAAGCUCCAGCUGCCGUCCACGGACUUGAACGUGGCGGCUUUGCGCGAGCUCAGGACGCGCUGCGGUGGCAAGAAGUUGCGAGGGUGGGUCCUUGACGAGAGGAAAGCCUAUCGGCAGGUUCCGAUAGCCCCUGGCCACCGCAAGUUCAGCGUGAUCUGUCUGAAGGACCCCUCUUCAGGCGUGACAAAGUUCUUUGUGAUGAUAGGUCACUCUUUCGGCCUCGUCUCGGCGGUGUACAACUACAACCGCCGUUCGGCGGCCAUUAACGAGAUUCUCGAGAAGAUCUUCGGGCUCGUGUCCUUUAACUUCUACGACGACAAGUGCGGGUUCGAGGUCGAGGAGACGAUCGACAGCGCCCACGAGGUUGCGAUCACCGUUCACUGGCUUCUAGGAGCACAGUUCGACGCCAAGAAGCUCCAGAAGACUGCGGCGCCUGUGAUCCUCGGGGUGACCUAUAAUCUGGAGCAGAUGAUUCUCGAGAUCAAGAAAGAACGGAAGCAGGAGCUCAUCGAGCUGAUCGACUCGUACCUGACCGCGGGAGUGUUGGACGCUGGCUCGGCUGGCAAGCUCAAAGGCAAGCUGAUGUUCGGAGCGAGCCAGCUCUGGGGGAAAGUAGGAAGAGCCUUUUUCCGACCGCUGUCUGAGCGCCAGUACUCGCGAGAUCAAGGAGGUGAUCGCUCGCUCCUGACGCCCCAGAUCGUGCGCGCUUUGAAGCACUGGAAGCGGCUCAUCUCGGCAGGACCACCAAGGCCUAUCGACCUGCGAACAGAACGUAAGGCGGAUGUGGUGGUCUUCACGGAUGGGUUCGCGCCCGACUUCCGGAAGGGUGAAGUUGAUCCAGAGCGGAUCGGCAUCGUGGUCUUUGAUAGAAGGUCUCCGGCCCCCUUCCAAGUCUCCGAGCCGAUCCCCGAGAAUGUGAUCAAGAAGUGGAUUCCACGAAAGAGCCAGAUCUUCCCAGUCGAGCUGAUCGCCCCGGUGUUGGCCCUCUACACCUUUCGCGAUCUCCUGAGAGGCAGGGACGUAGUCUUUCUCAUUGACUCCGAAGGAGUUGAGGCUGCGCUCGUGAAAGGAUAUUCAGCUCGGGAAGAUGUUGCAUCAAUCGUCGAGGUGUUCUGGAACCUCGCUCUUGAGUUAGGCGUGAAUGCCUUUAUCGAUCGAAUCUCGACAGAUGCGAAUCCGGCAGACUGGCCGUCGCGGUCGCGUCUGGAGAUCGGUCGCAAUGCUGGGUGGCUGUUGGCCGAAUGUCAGUGGCCGCCCGAGCUCCUUUAA